UAUUCCUGUAAUUAGAACAUUUGGAUAAUGUCUGGAAGAUCUACAAGACGACCACAGUACAUGCCUUUUACAAGCCUCCAGAGGACAUUGUGUGUCAAGCUGUAGUUCUUGCUAGUGCUCAAGAGAUCACUGUGCAAGUCUCUCUUGCUCCUGAGCUAAAGGAAAGAUGAGCUGUGUGGGGUUGAGCUGUGUGAUCCUGCUCUCCAAUGGUCAGCUCAGAGUAGCUGUGAUCAGAGCCUCCUCACAACCCCUCUAUGCGGACUCUGACCUCAGCAGCAUCAAGGUGCUGUUGGAAUGGUGUGAUGCUGAGUACCAUGAGUGGGUCACCCUCAACGAUGGCGAUACCUUUCAGGCCGUCUUCCUGGAGAAGACACUGCUCUGGGCCAGGAGAGUACUCCCCAGCGAGAUGCAGAGAGCUGUUGCAUGGCCUGCUAAGGCGUUCACAGUUCUGUGUGGCAGUCUCAACCUUCCUCCUGAUGUCAUGAUCGUGGAGUACUUCUGUGACAAGGAGAAAACACAGCUCUAUCUGCACGAGACCAAAGAACUCCUUCUCUCAGAGGCUCGCUCCACACUCGCACAACAUCCGAUGAUGCUCCACGAGCUCCACGAGUGGGAAGAGCAACAGCGGAGUCGUGAGUUGCUCAACAGUGGGCGUAUCAAUAUCAGUGGACAGAGGGUGGUUGUCUACAAUAUCCAAAACGUCGCCAAUUGGAUAUCAGGAGCCGUCUCAACUCACAACUUGCAAACAAAGGAUCUAACUCUGGUGGAGGAUCACAGUCAGUCAGUGCAGACAGUCAACCCUCUUAUGGUCCACGUGCUAGUUCAAGAAGAGCAUCAUCAGUCUGGCUGGCCUCGUCCACCCCCUCUUUCCCUCACUAACUCUCCGGACAUAUCUGUCGGGAACAGAUCUCCGGCUACCCCUCACCAAAACAGCCCUGGCAUUCAGGAAUGUCAGAGCCCCAAUCUGUUCAACCAGACCAAGUCAUUCUACCGUACCUCAUCCAUGGACUUGGCUCUCAAGAGAAACUCUCUCAAUCUCUCACAAAGACGCUCUAGUCUUCAGCAUCUCAACUCCUCCCUUCUGUCCUAUGAACCCUCCCUCCAUCGUCGAUCUUCUCUAGACCCUCUCACACUACAGAAAUACCAGGCUGGUCCUCUCGAACACAGUCCCCUAGAUGGACACAGUCAGAGUCUGGUGACUCUCAACAAGCUUCAUCUGCACUCUCCCUCUGGACGUGGUCGAAUAAGCUGCUCAUCGUUGAUCGAUGUACACACACCACACGGCCCUAACAUGCACCACCUCAGCAGACAAAGCUCCACCUCACAACUAAGUAAUCAUGGUUCGAUCACUCAGCUAAGUAACCAUGGCUCAAACACAAGUAUAAACGAUCACACUCCUUCACUACACUCUUUUCCCACUUUCCCUUCCCCCGAUGAAUUCCCAUUCAACGAACGCUCGAAAUCUCUUGGUAACUUAUUCACCAGCAUUGGUCAGCAACCAUUGCAGCAUGCCAGCUCUUAUGGAGGAGAAGAUGGUCCAGGAUAUUUCCAGUCUGGUAUGAGAGGACAGAAGAGAGGCCAGAGCUCACUGGGGAGAGGCACUGUCAAGAAGCCAAGGUUUGAGGUCCUGCCCACCAUAUCAGCUGAUCCGCACGAGGGCAUUGGAGACAGCUCACAGAGAAAUGCCCCCCUCUCAAGAAGUUACUCUCAACCGGCCAUUUUCCCUCCCAAGCGUUCGCAAAUUGCUAAACUGAAGUCUGUCAACAAGCCCGAAGAUGAUCUGGACAUUAUCAACCAGAUUAUUGAGACUGAUGAAACAACACUACCCCCUGAGUCUGCUGGUCAGAUUAAUGAUGCACACGGUCGAUCCCUUUCUCUCUCACACAUUAACAACUUCUCAUCUCUACCCAUUCUCCCGUCUAACGACGAAAGCAUUCAUCACGUUUUAAAGGCCAACUAUUUCAGUGCACCUGACUUCUCACGCCUAGAGAGUCCACCGAGCUACGAAUCUUGUCUGGGAGUAAAACAGGAGCACUGUAGCAGACCGCUCACUCAUGGAUCUCGAAGCUCUUCUAUGGGAGAUUGUCAAGCAGCUUGUGAUCGUGUGGACGAAAAUAUAAAUUUCUCUUCUUUUGGCAAUCGAAGGAGCUCGUUACAUACCUCUCACAGCCUUUCGAACAGUUUAGGAGAUAUACACGAGCAACCAUUCGAAGCCAACCCCUGUGAUUCUUAUAGUGUGUCACAGAACCACCAUGCGUCGCCCUGCGUGCACCAUUUGUCUUCUGAUGACCUGAACAAUAUUUCUGGAGAGUCAGAGUUUGAGUUACCAAUGAAGAUGGGCAAUGGAAGGUUGGAGGCCAUCCUCAGUCUGAGACUGGACCACCAUCAACACCACGGUCAUAACGGGAGGUUCCCAAUGUCUGGCACACAGGAUGUGACAACACCCACAGGAUUCAUUGUGUCCAAGAAAAAUAGCCCCAUGUGUGAGAGUGUCACUCCUCUGUCAGGCAGUGGAGCUCAUCUUAGCUGGUCUCUGGACAGUGGGUCUGCAGCUAAUAUCGCAGGGGAGGCUGAGAUCCUCUCUCCAGGUACAGGUGUGGCCAACAAUGGAGAGGGCCUCGAGGCCAUAGAGGAGGAGGAGUUCUCCAUUGCCAGGGUUAUCAACCAACACGUCAGUUUAGGGGAUGUUGAUGAUCACACAGCCCUGUUGCCUGGUGACCUGGUUCUCUCUCCGUCUGGCUCCUCCAUCGGCAGCAAUGGCUCUGGGGACAAAGGAAAACCUCGACCAAAGAUUGUCAAGAGGGACAGCUCUGAUAAGAAGAAUCCUCGAGGGCGGCCCAGACUAACUGAAGAAGAGAAACAGCGGAGGAAGGAGCUACGAGAACUUGGGCUCAUGAAACGCAGCAAAAGACGGACUAAAGAAGAGGUGGAGCAGUCUCGUGCUGAGAGGAUCCUCACUCCCGUCAAGAGAGGCCGUAAACCUGGCUCAGGCAAGAAAAACAUUGUCAAGGCCAUCACCGGCAAACCAGUGUUUGUGAAUGUGGACAUGAGAAAGUACCCGAAUGGGACCAUCCUACUGCAGAAUGGAUUCUGUCGUGCUUUCGCCGGAGUGUCCAAAUGCCUUGACUGUGGUAACUCAGAGGGGGAACUCCCGCUCUCUCGCUACUGCAGGUUCCUCGAGUUCAGAAAAUUGUUAAUUGCUGAUAACAGUCAGCCUCUGGUCACUGUGAAGGGGUUUGCCGACUACACUGAUGUCAAUGCAGAGGACCUCGUCCCAUGGACUCCAUUGAAAGCAGGUUUCUCCAGCAUGGAUGAAGCAACGGCUCUCUUCCUGUUACGUUCUAUCACCGAGCACUUUAUCUCUAUAGCCACAGAGCAAGCUAGAUCCAUACCAGACAUGGAAGGCACGCUGAUCCCUGUGUGGAGGAGACCUGUACGGGGGAUACGAGAGUUGUGUGACACGUGUGCCACCUCCCUAUUCAACUUCCACUGGGUGUGUCCACACUGUGGGUUCUGUAUAUGUCCACCCUGCUACCAGUUAGCUAUGGAGCCAGGAGAAGCUGGCUCCCAGUGCUGGCCAAACUGUGUAGCAACUGCAGCUGCUCAUAAUGAGAGAGGACUCAUCCUGGCACAGAUCAUACCAGCAAAUGUUCUGGCUGAAGUUUUAGUGCAAGCGCUUUGGUUGUGUGAUUCGCAAAAUGUACAGGUUAAAACUUCCCCUCUUCUACUAAAGUUAGUCAACAGUUUGGCUGCACAGGAACCACAGUCCAAGUUCAAGAACGAGUCUAACAAGAAGUCAAAGAUUCCCUCUCUCCACCUCAAGUCCACAUUGCUAAAGCUACCUCCACAGCUUGUCUCCAGUGACCCCACCUCCUCUGAUCUCUCCAACAGCUUCACACACUCCCGCUCCCUCCCCUACCCACACAAUCUCCACAUACCCCACCACCCUCACAUAGUGACAGCCACCCACACUUGGCUAUGUAAUGGUCGUCUCCUUUGUUUACAAGACCCCACCCAUCCGGACAACUUGAUUGCAUUUCAAGAGGCCUGGAGUGAAGGACAGGUGGUGAUGGUGUCUGGAGUGGACGCCACAUUGUCUCAAGAUCUCUGGACUCCACAAUCUUUUGAGAGAGACUUCGGCGAGGAGUUAGCUGACCUUGUGGACUGUAGGAAUGGCCUGUUGUUGCAGCAACUGCCCAGUAGAGUGUUCUGGUCAGGCUUCUCCAAAGCAAGCUUGAGACUGGUUGACCCUGUCAGUAACGAGGCACGGCUACUCAAACUCAAAGACUGGCCGACAUGUGAUGACUUUGGAGAGAAGCUACCCAACAGAUACCAAGACUUGAUGAAUGCCCUACCACUUCAGGAGUACACCAGGAGAGAAGGAAAGUUCAACAUGGCUUCCAGUCUGCCCAGUUUCUUUGUGAAGCCUGACCUGGGGCCCAAGUUGUACUGUGCUUAUGGUUCUGCAGUGAAUGCUACUCUUGGUACUACCAACCUCCACCUAGACAUUGCAUCAGCAGUUAAUGUGAUGGUGUACAGCAGUGUGCCGUCAUCACUGGAGAACCAAACAAGGAAGUUGGUGUCUGAUGUGAUGGCCAAUGAGUGCUGUCCCGAGACUGCCAAGAGACUCAGCGAGACUGGAGCAGAAGUGGGUGCUAUCUGGCAUAUCUACCAUGCAGCUGAAGCUGACAAACUGCGGACCUUCCUCAGAAAGGUCAACGAGGAGAGAGGUGUGCAUGUACCGCCCAACACUGACCCCAUUCACGACCAACUCAUGUACUUGGACUCUGACCUCCGAGAGCGGCUGUAUCGAGAGCAUGGUGUGAGAGGCUGGUCGAUUGCCCAGUGUCCAGGGGACGCUAUUUUCAUACCGGCCGGAGCUCCUCAUCAAGUUCGAAAUCUAAGGGACUGUAUAAAGGUUGCGCUUGACUUUGUUUCUCCUGAGCAAAUUGGCGAGUGUCUCACGUUGACUGAAGAAUUUAGACAACUCUCAGAGAAGCAUGUCAACAGAGAAGACAAGCUACAGACUCGAAACAUCAUCUAUCACUCUAUGAAGGACGUGGUGGGUACACUGAAAUCAUACGCCAAGUGACAAACACAUCUCGAACAGCUCAUGUUUUAAUCUCCUUUUUGUUUUUGUGUGUGCAUGAUUUAUGGUUACUAAUAAUUAUUUUCUAUAACUCUUGAAAACUACCCUCGAAAUACACCAAA